AAGUCGGUCCGUCUUGUCUGUUCUGUCCGUGCAGUUGUUAGCAAACAGUUAACUAAAGAUCAUGACAUAAGGUCAUCUUCCGACGUUAAGGACUAGUUUCUGUUUUGGAAUCGAACACCAACUCAUGUCUAGCUAGCUCCCAACUAUAUGAUCGUAAGCUCUGUCAAGAUGCCUGGAUCAGUUCCUGCCAGCGGUGAGGCCACUUGGCCCAAAGACGUGGGGAUCAUUGCCCUGGAGGUGUACCUCCCCGCGCAGUACGUGGACCAGACGGAGCUGGAGCAGUUUGACGGGGUGGCGGCGGGGAAGUACACCAUCGGCCUGGGCCAGGCCCGCAUGGGCUUCUGCUCGGACCGCGAGGACAUCAACUCGCUGUGCCUGACCGUGGUGCAGAGGCUGAUGGAGAGGAACUCGCUCUCCUACGACUCGGUGGGCCGGCUGGAGGUGGGCACUGAGACCAUCAUAGACAAGUCCAAGUCGGUGAAGACUGUGCUGAUGCAGCUGUUCGAGGAGUCCGGGAACACAGACGUGGAGGGCAUCGACACAACCAACGCCUGCUAUGGGGGCACCGCUGCGCUCUUCAAUGCCGUCAACUGGGUGGAGUCCAGCUCCUGGGACGGUCGCUAUGCUCUGGUGGUGGCGGGGGACAUUGCGGUGUACGCUACAGGAAGUGCACGGCCCACUGGGGGUGCAGGAGCCGUGGCCAUGUUGGUUGGGCCCAACGCGCCUUUGUCUUUUGAGAGAGGUCUACGUGGGACACACAUGCAGCAUGCCUACGACUUCUACAAGCCUGACAUGGUGUCAGAGUACCCUGUCGUAGAUGGCAAGCUGUCAAUCCAGUGCUAUCUCAGUGCGCUCGACCGGUGCUACUCUGUGUACCGCAACAAAAUCCAUGCACAGUGGCAGAAAGGUGGGUGUGGAGAGGGAAUUGAAAAGCGCUUCAGUCUGGAAGACUUUGGUUUCAUGGUGUUCCACUCUCCCUACUGCAAGCUAGUCCAGAAGUCACUAGCCCGACUGUUGCUCAAUGAUUUCCUCAGUGACCCCAACCCCAAUACAGAGAGUGGGCGUUUCAGUGGCCUGGAGGCCUUCAGGGAAGUGAAGCCUGAGGAGACUUAUUUUGACCGGGAUGUGGAGAAGGCCUUCAUGAAGGCUAGCACAGAGCUGUUUGCGCAGAAGACCAAGGCCUCCCUUCUGCUGUCCAACGAGAACGGAAACAUGUACACACCAUCAGUCUACGGCUGCCUGGCCUCUGUCAUUGCGGUGCAUACGCCCCAGGAGCUGGCAGGGCAGAGGAUCGGUGUGUUCUCCUACGGCUCGGGGUUUGCUGCCACACUCUACUCCAUCAGAGUCACGCAGGAUGCCACCCCAGGCUCAGCGCUGGAUAUCCUGGUGGCCAGUCUCUCUGACCUGCUGGCCCGGUUGGAGUCCAGGAGAAAGGUUUCUCCAGAAGUGUUUGCUGAGAACAUGAAGCUGAGGGAAGAGACCCACCACCUGGCGAGCUACAUCCCUCAGGGCAGUGUGGAUGACCUGUUUCCAGGGACGUGGUACCUGACGCAUGUAGACGAGAAACACCGCAGGCAGUACGCUAGACGUGCUCCAUGGAUUGGUCAGUUUGACCAUGGCGACAGAGUGCUCCCCCAGGCUGGCAAAGAAGACAUGGUCACCAUCACCAAUGGAGAGCACUAACUUAGUCACCGUGAGCCACAGGCAUGCACGCAGAGAGGUUACCAUGACACACGGAAACAAAAGCAAGGAAUGCCAGUGGGACCCCAUCCUCCUUCUCCCCAGUGGUACAGCACUGCACACAAACCUGUACAGACUUAGCGGUUAGCGACAGGCAGCGUGCUGCUAAAAAUUCCCCAAGCUUCCAUCGUGUCCAUUAUUACCACAAGCACACGCACGCGCCUUUGCCUGGCACUUCCAAAGACGGGACACCUGUGUGUGCGCAUGUUCGAAACAUUGUGAACAUUGUUUUAACCGGAGGUUCGGUACCCCGUCUAUGAUGUACAGAAUGUGUUUCAUUUGUUUUAUUUUUAUUUUUAUCGUCAUCCUCAUUGUCAGUUGAUGGGCACUUAUGACAGUGCACUCGGGAGCCCUCCAGGAGUAAAAGCUUAGGGGUCACAGCCAGAGUCUGGGAAUAAAAAAGGGAACUGGACCUUUUAACCCGCUCUGUUCAUUUCCAUUAACCCUGCUGCAUUCCUGUUUCUGCGCUGUUCACGUUUAGCCCUGCCAUCAACGUGGACUACAUUGACCACUAGAUGGCGCACUUAACACUACAGAUUGUAAUAUAGUUUUGCCAUAGAUCUGGAUACCCAGGUCUACAAGCGUGGCUUACAGCAAGCAGAGAAGAAUGGUGCACAAGACUGAACCAUUCCUAUUAACAUUGUUAUCCAACAAAGGUUAUGUAAGUCAGAUAAGUAAUGUUUUUUUUUUUUUUUUGGGGGGGGGGGGGGGGGGGGGGAUUCAUUUGGUGGUUGUCUUAAAAUUUCAAUGAAGAUUCAUAAUUUGUUAGGAAUUUACCCAGCAGAGUGAAAAGUGGCAACAAAAAAAAAAAGCUUAAAAAAGGUUUCUUUGAAAGGGAAGUACACUUAGUUGUUGCCAUUUAAUUGAAUUUAAUUUAGGUUCUAAGAAAGUGUAAAUGUACUUUUACAAAAAUUAACACACUCAAAUGUAGCUAUAAUAUAGACUGAAUUGAAAUGCAUAGGUAAAAAUGUAACCAGUGAAUGGUAAAUGUAUGUUUCCAUUUUGAUGUAUAUCUGAAGGGGAGGGGAGCGUAAUUAAUCUCGGGGGGGGGGGGGGGGGGGGGCAUUUAUUAAUCAGACUUUGGUUGGCUCCUCUCUGGAUGUGAGCUGUGCGAUUCCAUCUUCUGUAAACGACACCACAAAACCAUCGAGAUGCGCAAACUGAGACAAACGCCUAUGCAAAUUCUCACGCUUCGAGGACUUGGCGAUCCUAGAGAACUAGUUUUAGAGAACUGGGCAGAAGUAAAGGGGUUUAACCUGACUGUAGCAUCCCCUGCUCCUUUAGUUGUGCCAAAUUGCUGAAGAGGGUGUAGCAAACUGUGCUUAUGUUCUGGAGGUUGAGAAUUGGGCACAGAAUUAGAAUAGUUUGUUCCAGAAUUUAAAAAAAGAAAAAAAGUCUUGUGGCUGUUGCCUUUUUAUGUCCAUUUUAAAUACUGUGAAAUUAUGUAUUUAUGUGGGGGAAAAAAGGGCAACUACUGUAUUUGACUUAGGGCCUUAAACUGUAAAGGGCUUACAAUUUUUGUCUGUUAUAAAUGGGUAUAUUUUCAGCGAGGACAUAUGUGACAAGCAAGCUUUAUUUGUAUACAGAAAUAUACUGGCAUUAUGCUAAAUGUUCUGCGUAUGCUCAGAAACAACUCAAAUCCUUUAUUAAAAAGGGGGGGGGGGGGGUGUUCUCCAUCCCAUCGUCCUGGAGCACAGUAUUGCCCCCAGGUUUUCUUGUGCUCCGCUUGAAGCACUUCUUGCGGUGGUCUAUCGAGCGGCCCUGAGACGGUGUUAUCUUGUGCUAGACAGUACAUGCUCAGGCAGGAAAAAGCUGCAGACGCUACUGUCCUCCAGGAAUGUCUCAUUUACCCGUGAGAGUUUAGCAUUUCCUCAGCGAUGUUGGCCAAGCUACUGGCACACAGCUGCAGUAGGGUUUGGAACUGUAGACCAGACAGGCAGACAACUUUUGGUCAUCAGUAUAGACUGCUCAAGUUACGAGAAGCCUUACUUUCACAUGUACUAAAUGUAAAAAAAGAAAAAAAGCAAACAAAAAACGGUAUACUCUUAAUAAUGUACAGAUUUUUUCUUUUUAUUUUGCAGCCAAGACCAUUUUACCUCCUGAUGUUAUAUCUUGAAUAGGCUGGAGUUUACAAAUAGUUUAUCUUUCAGAUCAAUUUAAUUAUACCAAUUUUUGGUGAUAUAAAAUGUACAGUACUAACUGUAGAACUAUUAUUUAUAUAUUUGGAGUAAAUUGGUGUCUGAUUAAGUUUUCUUUUAUAGAAAAUUCCAUAUAGAAAAUGCUGUGUAGGGAAUGAGCAGUUAAAGAGAUGAACUGAGAAACUAAUAAAUGUCUUCAUUUAAAAA